AUGAUUAUUCAUCCCAAUCUACAAAACAACGGUUCUUUUGUUGGACGUGAUUACAAAAUUGUUGGUCAACAGCUGCCCACUAUCUUCAACCUAUCGUUUCAUAAGGCUCUGGAUGAGAUGGAGGAGGCAUUUGCAAAAGUACUAAACCGAAGUUUCAUCUACUUUAUCAUCUGCUUGACGAUUUGGACGGAUUUGCGUCUGCUGUCCAUUUCGAAUCUGAGCGCGGUGAGCAAUUUAGCCAUUUCCAACUUUACCAUCUGCCAAGUGGUUCAUAUCUCAAUUACCUUGGUCGUGUUAAGAAAACCUCACGAUUAUCACGAAAUGUCCAUGAGUGAAAAUAUGAGGCUCGUUGAACCAAUGGAUUUCCAACCACUCCCAUCUUCUGAUGAAGACAUGAUGCACAUCAACAUCACAAGACAAAGUAAUGUUUUUGUAAACGGUUGGUUAUCUGUUGAGGAGGUUUUUUAG